GGAAUCCAAUGCAGUGGAACAAAGUACUUUUGGACAUGAUUCUUUCAAUGUAAAUCAUGAUUGAAACUAUAUUUUUCUUCGUAGAUCUACUGGACGAACUUUAUCCUGAGAACCAACUGCAACCGAAAGAUCCCAUAGAGAAAGCCAAACAAAAACUUUUCGUUGAAAAACAAGGUGAAACGGUGAGAUAAAACGAAUCUUUUUAAAGUGCACAUGAUACGAAUUCACGAAAUUAGGGGAGAUGUAUUGAUGUACAGAAUCGCCUGCCAAUUAAUAUUUCCAAAAUGGUGGGUGCACGCACUACAUAAUUAUAAUCAUCUUGAAAAGGCCAGUAUUAAUUUAAAGCGUUAAAAGAAGAUAAAUGUUGCUUAAUUCGCAUACACGUAUUUGAACCUGCAAAACGUGUCGAUUAUUUCAAGCAACAAAGCAAAUACAAUUUUCAUUGUGUAGAGAAUCUCGAAGAGUAUUAAUUUCGUUAAAUAAGUAUAUACUGUAAACAUUUUUUAGUGAUUGAUUUGGAAAAGUCCAACAUGUUACAGUACUGCAACCAAAGUUCGUUAAACCUGGUUUCCAUAUGGUCGUAACGGUCGUUAAGAUUGAGUCACAAUCUUUCUCAUUAGCCGAAAUACAACAUUUUAGAACUGAAAAUGCGCGGGAGUGAUUAUAACUAGAGAAUACUUAUGAUUUAUAUGGGGCUCACAGGUUAUAAAGUAUUAUAAACUGGCCGUACGUUGAGAAAGAUCGUGACUCUAAUUUUUACGACCAUAUAGAAACCAGGUUUUAACACGAAACGUGUAUCAACACGAAAUUUCUACUCGAAAUUUCAAUCUAUAAUCCCUUCAAGAAUCAAUUUUUGAAGUGCGUGUUUUCUCAACAAUCAGUGUCACACAAACGGAAAUACAGAUAAUCAGGGUCCCCACGGUCCUUGAAAAUCCUGGAAAGUCCUUGAAUUUGUUAAAAAAAAAUCCAGGCCUGGAAAGUCCUUGGAAACUGAUAAGGUCCUUGAAAGUCCUGGAAUUUUUUUUCAGUAGGCUGGAAAUAAUUGAAGAAUUAUUACCAGCCCAAGGAUUAUUGCCCAAAUGUUUAUUUUCUCCAAUUUCAAUUAAUGUUAUGUAUAACAAUUGUCCAAAAGUUGUUUCGAUGUCAUUUUUUUUCUAAUUGCAUUCCUCUCCUUAAGUUUAAGGAUAAAAGUUAGACGAUUUUCGAAGAUUUUUCUAGUUGCCAGGUCCUUGAAUAUACUAAAAAAGGUCCUUGAAAGUCCUGGAAAAGUCCUUGAAUUUCAUCUUCACUAAAAGGUGGGGACCCUGGAUAAUUCUACCGCUUCCGAUUGUCUUCUAUGAUAAGGCAACAAUCUGCACGAUAUCGGUCAAUCACUAACACUUUUUAAUCUGUAGAGUCCCUAAAUUCUACGGUAUUGUAAAUACACGGCUUACCCGUGGGAUUUAUUCAUUUUAUAUGUCUCCCAAAAUUUAGUUAUUUAAAUGCUGCGCAUAUAUACUGUAUGUAAGCAAGUAUGUACAUGCCAAAAUCCAUUUGACCACGCUACGUCGAUAAUUACUAUCUGUCACUUAUCUUGGUUUUACCUUCCAUUUGUUUGAGUUCGUUCUCCGCCAGCCUAUGAGUCCCAGUCGUUCUGAAGAAAGCGCGAGAAAAAAACGUGGAUGUAGUACGAGCCUGGGACCUAAGUGUGAGGUGCUUCAGAACGCCUAGCAGAUUUCAGUAUUUUUAAUAUGGCGGAAAAUUUGUAUAUACAAAUAACCUUGUAAAUGCGAUAAUGUUCGUUGAUCAUAUUCGAUGUCUACAUAUUAACCAAAUUCAAGCUGUAUUAAUUAAAAAUGUGCUCAAAAAUUAUAUACAAAUUUACGAUACUGAGUCUGAGCAAUGGUAAAAUGUUCAAAACAGUUUUGUCGUAUAAUCGUUGAUGUUAUUUAUAUACUCGCUUGUGAUCUACACUAGACCAUACACAACUACGCUUUCUUCUUGACAGGUUUAAGUAGGUGAGGAGAUUGGAAAUAUAUUUGCCUGACAUUACUGUGUUGUCAAAACAUUUUUAAUCGGAGACUCGGGAUAAUUUUCAAGCUUCCAGAUAGCAUUUAAUAGCUUUAUAUUUUAGUAAACACGAGUCAUAUUUAGCCCGUUGGUCCAUUCUGACCGUAUCGUAGCGAAACGUACUCGCUAGCCUAUUUCAUUGUUCCGAGAGCAUUAGAGCAAAACUAAUGACUUAAUAGUUAUAAACGCAAAAGAAAUUUCCAAAUCAUUUUCUAUUUACAAAUGCGAUAUGCUUGGUAACCAGACCAGGGACCACUUUUUUGAAAUCAGGUACCAUUUUACUGAAAUCUGCCAGGCUCUCGCGUUGAAGCGUUCCGCACAGCAUACCCAGGCAUAAAACUUUUAAGACUUACUAACUAAAUCAAAGCAGCGUACAGAGAGAGAGAGAGAGCCUGGGACUAGGCUGGUUCUCCGCCAUAACUGCCAAGAUAACUCGCAAUACAUGAUUGUCAGAGAUUAAGUUACGAUGUACCAUAUAAUAUUUCUGAAGAUAUUUUAUGAUUGCCAAGUAAUCGAUAUUAGCAACCGCAUAAUCACCAUUAAUCGGCGGGCGUAAUCCUUUGAAGUCUCAUAUUUCAGUUUUUAACCCGGGUACACAGGCAUACCCGAGAUUGGGGGAUUCAUUACAGCCUGCACUCUGCAGAGGAGCUAGCUAGCGUAACUGUACCAAAAAAAGUGUAAAAGGUUCUGCGGCACAGACUAUUGUAAGCAUAUGUACUCAUACAAUUUAAGGAAGUGUCUAUAAUUGUAAACUGUAUUAAUUAUUGUAUUAAUAUUUGGUAUUCAUUAAUUGACAUAUUCCAGUCCAGUACAACAAAUGUAGUAUUCAUUACGGUAACUCCAAUAUAUUGUUAACUUUACAAUUCAUUCCGUCAUAUUACAAGCAUUUGAAAGGAAGGACGGAGGAAACAAAACAAGAAUUGUUGAAGAACAUUUCUAAAGUUGAGCAGUAUUUAGCUGAAAAUAAAUUGCAGUAUUUUGGAGGUGAGUUUAAUAAUAUUUUGCUUUAA